GCUGAUACAGAGUGGUUGUGGUGCACCCACUGGAAUAAGUUAAAUUUUUGCCAGCUUUGUUUAAAGAGAUAUAAUGAUCAGAAUGAAUAUUAUCCUGCCGCCGAUGGGUUUGGCUUCAGUCACUGGCGUUAGUGCGACGUCUGUGGCUUUGCCCAUUUUGCCCGGCAAAUGGCGAGACCGAAGGUGUCUGUGAAGAACACCUUCAUCGAAUGUGAUUGUGAUGAUGGUUUUGCAGAGAAGAGCGGUGCUUUGAGUCGCUCCAAAUCCGUGGGACGUUUGGUCACAGAUGAGAACCAGGCUGGAACCCAGAUGGCUACGUUGGCAAAGAUUUGGAACAAUGAUGAGGAAGCUGUCCGCGCUGCCAGAUCUCCUAUACUCUCGGUGCCCCCGGCCGCAGCACAAUCCUUAGCCUCGCCAGGGUGGAUCGAACUUGGAAGCUACUACAUGUCAUCGACAGGACCAAUGUUGGCAUCAAAGGACUGUGCAACUCCCCAGAAGUUGAAGCAGCUCCAAGAGAGUCUUCAGGAAAGGUUGCAAUGUCGGAAGUGGUCCGAAGAAUCGGAUCAAACUGGCAGCACUUGGAGUACAUGGAGUGCGGAUGAGAUGGGCAAGAUCCGACCAAGCAUGUCAAACUCUUCCGUGAGCUCUAUGACUGAGUCUAUGACUUCGUUUGAGGCAAAUCGUUCCAGGGCAUACUCAAACGGAUCCAGUUGCGAAUCGAAGGACGAAGCUGUGGAGUUUGAGAUCAAGAUCGAGGAGGAACCAGAAGCAAACCAUUCAAAAGGCAAGUAUACGAGCCGAGUUGACCAGAUGCGGUGGAAACCCAAGCACAAUGGUGAUUUCAUGAAUGGCAAGCCGAGUCAUAAAAGGUGGGACUACGACUAUGGCCUCUCACAUUUGGGGCAUGAUACUUGCGAGAACAUGACCAUGUCUCCUUUCACAACCCCAACCCAGUCUCCAAAGCCAUUUGGAAAGGAGAUGAUGCAUGGUCAGUACGAGAGCUCUUUCUACAGGGACAAGAUGCGGAACUUGCCACGAGAGAGCCGGCACAAUCGGGUUCCGAGGAAUGUAAACCUCCAGCAAGAGUACGAGAACAAAGAGAAGGAAGUCACCACCUUGAUGAUCCGAAACAUUCCAAAUCGCUAUACACAACGAGAGCUGAUCGCAGAACUGGAAGAUUUGGGCUUUGCUGGGACGUUUGAUUUUCUCUACAGCCCUUUGGACAAGGGCACCAUGUCCAAUGUCGGGUAUGCCUUUGUGAACUUCAAGAGCCACGAGUAUGCCAGCAAGUGCAUCGAAGCCUUUCACAACUACCGCUUCAAGCGUCAUCGCAAGACCUCCGGCAAAGUGGCAGCCGUCUCAGCUGCUCACCUUCAGGGGUUGAAGGCCAAUCUUGCCCACUACGAGAAGACGGCCGUGAACACUGCCAAGAUGAAGCAGCGCAGGCCAGUCAUUCUGGCAGACAUCUCUUCAUUGACCGCGUGAUGGACAGAGGUGAGUUCAGCCAGUGGGCAAGAGCAGAAUAUACAGGUUGAUUGGCGGAAGUGAGUCUUGCUGUGGGACGUGUUUCAGGUUGCAUCUGAGCCCC